AUGUACAGAGAAAGAAAUCCCGACAUCCUAGCUCCGGCAGCAUCACAAUCUAUCAAGGUAGUUCAUAUUCCCUCAGUCUCGCUCGAAAGCUAUCAGACCCCGCACCCAGGGGAUCUUCGUCAACUUUCAAACACUCACCUGUCCAGAACGUCGUCUGCUUCAUCGCUCACACGGCCUUGCGCACCGUCAUGCCUAAGAUACCGCAGUUUAGCCUUUCCAUUCAUUCUUUCACUUCUCCAAAUCUGCCAGAACGACCAGCGGAUGCUCCAGCCUCAGCCUUCCGAUCGCCACUCAUCCCUUGUGCAGCUGCAGCCACCUCGCCACUGUGCUUCACUGCGUCUCUGCCGGCCGCUCGCGACGGCAACCCGCUCUACCCUUGCAACACACCUGCAACUUUCAUUUAACUAUGAAGGCAGUGGUGAGAUCUUUAUCCCAGAUUUCGUCACUUCCGGAGACCUGGUCAAGUCCGACAGAGAGGCCAAGUCAAACCUUUACGAGGUGGAGAAAUCCGCGCACAAUGUGCCUCGUGCAAAAGUCAACGAGGGAGCGUCCAGGGCGGCUGAGGUAUUUGUCUAUGCAUGGCGUAGCGAGAAACUGCUAGGGAAAUGGUUUGUGGGACGAGUUGAGGAUCUGGGAAUCGAGGGCUUGAAGUCUGACCCUUUGGCUAUUCUACGACGAGAUACUUGGGCUGCGAAGAAGGCGGCAAGCUCGGCACUUCAGGCCAGAAAAUUAAACCGGCAGAUAGCGUGA